AUGGGCUGCAAUCUGUGCACUUUCCAGAAGAGAGAGGAGCACUACAAACUGCUAUAUGAAGUUUCACAGGUUAAUGGGAAAGAUCUUUUAAAAGCUACUCAUGAAGAAGCAGUUGAAGCCUUUCGUAAUGCUAAAGACCCAAUUGUAGUUCAAGUAUUAAGACGAACGCCGGUUAACAGAGCUCAUGGAAGUUCCCAGGAGGUACAGCUUGUGAAUGUGAGCACUCAAACAGACAUAACAUUCGAGCAUAUCAUGGCCCUCGCUAAACUUAGACCAUCUACUCCACCAGUUCCAGAUAUUUGCCCUUUUCUUCUAUCUGACAGCUGCCAUUCUCUUCAUCCAGUGGAGCAUGAAUUUUACGACGGUAAUGAGUAUCUUUCCAGCCUUCCUGCUGAUGGAGACAGAACGGAAGACUUUGAGUAUGAGGAAAUUGAACUAUGUCGCCUAAAUAAUCAGGAGAGACUGGGUCUAACAGUCUGCUACAGGACAGAUGAUGAAGAGGAUACGGGAAUAUAUGUUAGUGAGGUUGAUCCAGAUAGCAUUGCAGCCAGGGAUGGACGCAUUAGAGAAGGAGACAGGAUCUUGCAGAUAAAUGGCCAAGAUAUCCAGAACAGAGAGGAGGCAGUGGCUUUGCUUUCCAAUGAUGAAUGCCAGAAAAUUGUUCUUCUGGUUGCAAGGCCAGAUUUACCGCUGGAUGAAGGCUGGCUCGAUGAUGAAAGGAAUGAAUUCUUGGAAGAGUUAAACAUGCAAAUACUGGAAGAACAACGUCAUGAGGCAAUGCAAUACCCAGCUGAUGAAGUGAAACAGCAAAAAAAGCCAGAAGAGGAAGAUGGUACGACUGACACAGCAACUUCAUCAUCCAAUAAUCAUGAAAAAGACAGUGGUGUGGGCCGCACUGAUGAAAGCCUGCACCAUGAUGAGAGCUCGGAGAUGGAAAAUAUAGUCAAGAAUCACAUUACUCACCUACAGAAAAAUGCAGACUUAAGACAGAGCCAGGAUACGUUAGGUAGCAGUGAAAUACAUUGCAAUGAAAGUUUGAUUUCUGGGGAAUACAUCGAUUCUGAUCUCACUGUCAAUCAAGAAGAAGAUUGUGACAGGUUCCGGCAAUUGCUAGAGCUUAAGUGCCAAAUCCGAAAUCGAGGUGAAUAUGACCUGUACUACUCCAGCAGCACAAUUGAAUGUAGCAGAUCAGAGCAUGGAGUAGAGCAUGAGUUACAACUUUUAAAUGAGGAGCUUAGAAGUAUUGAACUUGAAUGCCAGAGUAUUAUGCAGGCACACCGGCGAAAAAAUGUUAAUAAUCAGAGUGGAGACAUUUGGGAAAUUCAUGAUGAUGAAUUUUACAAUUAUAAUACCAGCAUUGAAGUACAGAGAAGUAAAGUAGGUAUGAGAGAACAUGCAGAGAGAUCUGAUAAGGACAGUUCUAGUGCUUAUAAUACAGCAGAAAGCUGUAGAAGCACACCUCUGACAGUAGACAGAUCCCCGGACAGUUCUCUUCAAAGAAUAAUCAGUAUUACAAACCGUAAAAAUCUCAGAAGCACGAUUGUUACAAACCAUUUAUCAUCUGGACUAAGCAGCAUUGAGAAUACCCCUUCAAAAUCUAAAACCAAUGAAAGAAUUCUUAGCACAGAGUACCAAGGAAAUACAUUAGACUGCAGUGCAUUCUUAGAUCACAGAAAGAAUAGCACUGAGGAAAUUCCCUAUCUUUCCCCAUAUCACAGUUCAGCAUAUAGACAUGGAAAUAUACCUGUCCAUGCAAGACAUUAUCAAAGUUACAUGCAACUCAUCCAACAGAAAUCAGCCGUGGAAUAUGCACAAAGUCAAAUAAAUCUAGUAACAAUGUGUAAAGAGUCACAAAGGUCAAUGGAACCAAGGAUGGAAUGGAAAGUAAAAAUAAGGAGUGAUGGUACAAGAUACAUUACAAAAAGACCAGUAAGAGACAAACUUCUUAAAGAGCGUGCCUUAAAAAUCAAGGAGGAAAGAAGUGGAAUGACCACAGAUGAUGAUACAAUGAGUGAGAUGAAGAUGGGACGUUAUUGGAGUAAGGAGGAAAGAAAGCAGCACCUUAUGAGAGCAAAGGAGCAAAGGCGAAGGAGGGAAUUCAUGAUGCGCAGCAGAUUGGAAUGUCUUAAAGAAAGUCCACAGAGUGGCAGUGAGAGCAGAAAGGAAGUUAGCAUCAUUGAACUGAGUCAUAAAAAAAUGAUGAAGAAACGUAACAAAAAGAUACUGGAUAACUGGAUGACAAUCCAAGAACUCAUGACACAUGGAGAAAAGUCCCCUGAUGGAGCUCGAGUACAUAAUGCCUUUUUAUCAGUCACUACUGUUUGA